CAACUUUUUCCAGGAAGGAUGACAGACCAGAUGUGCACCUUUCUUUUCAAAAAGCCUGGGCGAAAAGGGUCUACAGGUCUCAGAAAGCGCCCGAUCUGCCACCAAGAGUCCGGAGACAGCAGCAGCAGUGACGAAGGCAGCACUGUGGUUAACCCGGAAAAGAAGCGGGCGACCCACAAUCCGAUGAUACAGAAGACCCCUGGCAGUGGUAAACAGAAGACAGCUUACGGUGACCAGAGUAGCCAGGAGGAGGAGAACGAGCCCGAGAGUCUCGGCGUGGUCUAUAAGUCCACUCGCUCAGGGAAACCCCUGGGGCCAGAUGAUAUGGGGGCGACUGCUGUCUAUGAGCUAGACACAGAGAAGGAGCGUGACGCACAAGCCAUCUUUGAGCGCAGCCAGAAGAUCCAGGAGGAGCUGAGGGGCAAGGAAGAUGACAAGAUCUAUCGGGGAAUCAAUAAUUAUCAGAAGUACAUGAAGCCCAAGGAUACAUCUAUGGGCAAUGCUUCCUGCAAGAUGGUGAGGAAAGGCCCCAUCCGAGCUCCCGAGCAUCUGCGUGCCACCGUGCGCUGGGAUUACCAGCCCGACAUUUGUAAGGACUACAAGGAGACGGGCUUUUGCGGCUUUGGAGACAGCUGCAAAUUCCUCCAUGACCGUUCAGAUUACAAACAUGGGUGGCAGAUCGAACGUGAGCUUGACGAGGGUCGCUAUGGUGUCCAUGAGGAUGAAAACUAUGAAGUGGGAAGCGAUGAGGAGGAAAUACCGUUCAAGUGUUUCAUCUGUCGCCAGACCUUCCAAAACCCAGUUGUCACCAAGUGCAGGCAUUAUUUCUGCGAGAGCUGUGCGCUGCAGCAUUUCUGCACCACCCCGCGCUGCUAUGUCUGUGACCAGCAGACCAAUGGCAUCUUCAAUCCAGCGAAAGAAUUGAUUGCUAAACUAAAGAAGCAUAGAGCUGCAGAAGAGGGUGGUGCUUCUGAUUUCCCAGAAGACCCCGAUGAGGGUCCAAUUCCCAUUACUUAA